UCGGGCAAGACCCUCGCGUACCUGCUGCCCGUCGUCGAGAAGCUCCGCGCCGAGGAGAAAGAGAACAAUGAACCGCGAAAAAACGCCGACGGCGCCUGCGCGCCGCGGGCCGUCGUGCUGGCGCCGACGGCGGAGCUCGCGGCGCAGGUCUUCGGCGUCGCGCGGGCCGUGAGCGCGUCCGGCGCGGCCGUGCGCGCGCGGUGCGCGACGUCCGAGGGCUUCGACGCGCGCGACGCGGCGAGAGCGUUGAAGCGCGGCGGCGGCGCCUGCGACAUCCUGAUCGCGACGCCGGGCCGCCUGGCGAAGCUCCUCGACAUGGGCGCCGUGAGCCUCGCGCGCGCGGGCGACGUCGUCUUGGACGAG